UAAAGUUGCCUAUUCCUGACUUGUUAAACUAGUUUUAGGUUAAAUCCUUCUGUACCCUUACUUUAGUCAGUGUACAAGCCUCAUAUAAUGCACAAGAUGUCACUCACUUGAUUGGGAAUGUAAGAGCAGCAGAAAGGUGGAGGAGACGAAGCCAUUCUUGGCAGGGCAAAAUGUAUCAGGGAGAAGUUCUGUUUUGGACCCAUAGAGUUACAAUUGCCUGAGGGGUGUUCAAUUUGAAAUGUUAAAUAGGCAGCUGGUGUUGCAGGAUUGGAAGGACCACCAAGACUGGGCUCCAGAAAUUUCCCUAUGAAUCCUUGGGUGAUUGGCCUUACUGUUGUGGCUGUAGUUUUGGUUCUGGCACUUGUCAUUGCUCUCCCUGUUCAUUUUUUAGUAUGCGAUCGGAAGCCACAUUACUACCAAACCUCCUUCAGGAUACCUAGGGUUGAAUUGGAGGCAGCCCACUCUGAAAUUAAAGCAAGGAUCACCAAUCAGGUAGAUGAUAUUUUUAGAAAAUCCAAUUUAAAAGGACAAUACAUCAAGUCUCAUGUUGUCAGAUUCAGAUCAAGCACUGAUGGUCUGAAAGCAGAAGUAUUGCUUAAAUUUCAAUUUGCCUCUGUUGAUAAUGAAAACAAAAUAAAAAAGAUGGCCGAGAAGAUUUUGCAUCAGAACUUAAAAGAUGGCACACACUUCUUCGAAGUAGAUGGUUCUUCACCUCAUCUUCAAGUCAUCAAUACAGCAGAAGCAGAAUACCAUAUAAACAGUGGUUGUGGGUUGGGAACAGACCCUUCAUUUCUCACUGAAAGAAUUUCUAAUGGAGGAACAAUCUCACAGAAGGCGUCUUGGCCAUGGCAAGCUAGCUUGCAGGUGGAUAGACAUCAUAUCUGUGGUGCUUCUCUGAUCAGUGACAAGUGGCUGCUGACUGCAGCUCAUUGCUUUAAUAACAAUAAAAACCCACGAUUAUGGACUGCUACUUUUGGAACAACUCUACAGCCUGCCUUGAUGAGGCGAAAUGUACGGUCCAUCAUCAUUCAUGAAAAUUAUGCCUCCCACAAACAUGAAGAUGACAUUGCCGUUGUACUUCUGUCCAAUCCAAUUACUUUUUCAGAUGAUGUCCGAACUGUAUGUCUUCCAGAAGCCACUUUUGAAGCUUUGCCCCAGUCUAAUGUGGUUGUCACUGGAUGGGGAGCGUCUAAAGAAAGUGGUCCAAUCUCAAAUAAACUGCGAGAAGCCAAAGUGGAAAUCAUAAGCAAUGAUGUCUGUAACAGAAUAGAUGUGUAUGGUGGAGCUGUAUCAUCAGGAAUGCUAUGUGCAGGAUUCUUGUCAGGAAAAAUAGAUGCUUGUGAGGGUGAUUCUGGAGGACCGCUGGUUAUCCCAGAGAACAGGCUCUGGUACAUUAUUGGAAUAGUAAGCUGGGGAAUAGGCUGUGGAAAAGAAAACAAGCCUGGACUCUAUACCAAAGUGACCCGUUAUCGGGACUGGAUUAAAUCAAAAACUAACCUCUAAUGCAAUGUCUUUGUCAUUGUUAUGUAAGGAAUAUGCAAGUCAUAUGUGUAUUCUCAAGAAGUCAAGAUUUCUCAAAAUUAUGUUUAAGUUAUGCUUAAUUUAUAUUUAAUUGCAUUCACAUGUUUUUUAUUAUUCUCUGAGUAUAAGGAACAGAAAAAAAUACAGCCACCUUUUAUACAACUCUCAUAUCACAAUUAAAUUUAUUAUUCAUUUAUUGUGUGCCUAUUACUAUGUGGGUCAAGCACUAUGAUCUCUUAUCACAUCAUAUAUCAUGAAAUGUGUACAACAUGAGAAAAGUAGAAAUUUUAUUACUUUAAAUGGUUUCCUUUUCCAUGGCAAUAGAAGAUAUUCAAUCUCUAUUCCUCCAGGAUAUACCAAGGUUCUGUGUGUAUUUGUUCAUUUUUAAUUUCCCUGUUGCUCAAAGCAUAACAUAAACAAAAAAACCUGAGAGUUGGAGGUGGGAGAUUUAGGUUCCAGUUGCAAUUGUGCCAUUACUUAGUUGCAUAAUUUUGGGCAAGAUACUCAACAUUCUAGGGCCUCAGUUUUCUCAUCUUCAAAUGAGAGGAUUGAAAUGGAUGAUAAAUCUAAAUCUCCUUCAACUUUAAAUAUCUGUGAUAAUCUGGCUAAUCUUGGAUGCCAUUGUUUAAAACCAGGGUCUUUAAAAUAUGUUUGUGUCAUGGACCCCUUGUUAGUCUAGUAAAGCCCAUGAACCUCUUCUGAGAAUGUUUUUUUUAAGCUCAGAAUUAAAGGAAAUGCAACUUUUUCAGUUAAAGGUUAGUGAAAAUUAAGAUAUAUAUUUUUUUUCAUUGAAGUUCAUCAAUGCCCCUGAAAUCUAGCCAUGAGACCCUUGACCCCAGGUUAAGGACUCUUGCUUUAAAUAAACCAAAUCCUACCUAAUGGCUCAAGUAGGUAAGUAGACAUUUACUCUAUACUUUCAUACACUUGACUGAGCACACUAGCCUUUCCCUCAUGACCUCAUUCUCCUUUGUCUUCAACAUCAAAUAAUCCUUAUUAGGCAGCUUCAUGUGUUCUGUUCUAAGAAAACCAAGACCGACACUACCCUGACAUUACAGAAUCUUGUAUUUUAAAACACUGCAGCAAAAGGAAGAGAGAAGCCUAAGAAAGACUUAUCUUCCAGGCAGCAUUUAUUCAGCUACUUGAAACUGAACAAUGUUUACACUUAUAUUUUUAUCUAAUGGCUUCAGAGAGCUGACUCCUUAGCCAGUCACACUGAUAGUUUAUCUUUGCAGCAAGGAAUGAAUGAAUCCUUGAUCUGAUGAUGCUGAUGGUAUUUAAAUGAGAAGGAUCAACAGGAUGCUGCAUUAAACUACUAAAAAUUCUGGAUAAACCUCUGAAACUAAGGACAAAGACUCUUAAACCUUAGACUACAAUAACAAGCCUUAAUGAAGAGGAAAUGAGAAAAAUGAGACAUGGUCUCAAAGAGCCAAGAGACAUUUUCAGUUCUAGAAAGGGAGUAAAUUCCAUCCUGUUAUUACUGACUGUUUUUCAAUAAUAGAUUUUUUAAAAUGUAUUAUGUUCUACUAAA